AUAAGCGUAGACAUAUGUUUGAGUCCUUUCCAAAAUGAGCUCAGAAAUCUUGGGGUUGCAGACAAAAGUGGUCCGCACAGGAAAAGUACUUGACUAUUCAGAUGAAAAUAAAAUCACAGUUUGCGAGCAGUACGGAGUCCAUGUACUGGAAAUUGACAUAUCACCAAGUGUGAAGGGAGUUCAACCAAGGGUCAUCAACCAGUUUAUUCCUGCAGAACCUUCUCUAACAUUUGAUGUUGGCAUCACAGCAGAGGAUCUUCAGAAAGAGAAACACAGAUUACCUCAAGUUGAAUUGACAUUAGAACACAGUAUGCUCCCAGUGACAUCACCUGGGAGUACUCAACCAUUCCUUUCUGCUAUUUGGUCACCAACUGCAGUUGAUCCAAUGAAAAGAUGUGUGUUUGCCAGUGUGACCCUCGACCAUCAUGUCAGAAUGUACAGUCUUGGAGUGAGCAACUGUCGUUGGAAAUGUGUAUGUGAUAUAACUCAAGUUUACUAUGAGCACAUUAAUCCCAUUCUCUCUAUGGGGUCCAUUACUCAUAGUAGAGCCUCUAAGUACAAACAACUUAUGGAGAAACUCUGUUGUGUCGAUGUGACUUGGUCCAAGCUGUUCAAUGAAGAUGCAUCUAAGCCCUACUGUUAUCUGAGUUGUGCCAUGAGGAAUGGAGAUAUUGUCAUAUUCAAGGUUCACACACCUUGUCUCGACAGAAAUGAUAUUGAAGUUCAGACGACACUUCAUACCAAUAAAACAUUCCCAACAGAAGUAAAAUGGUGUUCUUCCAACAUUUUUCCAGAUAACCUAUUGGUUAUUGGCUGGGCUGAUGGACCAAUCAAACUAAUCCAAAUGGAUCAAACUAAAUUCGAAACAUCAGCAUCUGGUAAUGAAUGCAUGGGCCAGGAUCAACCAUGUGCGCCAUCUAUUGAUGUGUGGGAAAAUGAGGAUGAUAUAGGAGUUGGGCACUUAGAGUGGGCGGAACAGGACUGCCUAUUGCUGGCUUUAAAAGGAAACUAUCUAAUAUGCACAAAACUGGCUGCUGAAGCUAAUAGGGCUGUUGUUAUAGUUUGUCAGAGCAUACUGCAGGUCAGCGACUAUCUGCCUCCCACCCGUGUAGUAUACAACAAAGGCAAAUGCUAUAUUACUACGGUGGAUAGGAGCAUCACUAUGUACACAAUAGAAUCUCAAGACAAUGAUAUUCAAAUACAGAAACAAGGGGAUGAGGAAUUGGCAAGCAGUAAUCCCAAUAAGACAUGGGGGAUACACGAUGUCUGUGUUUCAAAAAACCAAGCACUGCUUGUUUUUAUUGAAAGUAUUGUGACAUAUAAGGACCACCUGGCCAAAAAUCCAUAUAUUAAGGUGCAGCUACUCUCCAGGUUUUCGCAAGAUCAGUGUCAUCAGCUUCUUAAGGAAGAUGGUGACUUUCAAUCAAGGAAGGACAUCUUGGAGUGUCUUAGAGGACACCAAUGUAGCAAACACACCUGGGAAUAUAUCAACUGUCCAGAUAAAGAUGACUUGGAGAAACAAAGCUAUUUCCUCAAGAUUAACAGAUUUAUUGUACUCAAUGAGUUAGAGCAGUUAAAGUUUGAAUGCCAGACCAGACAAAUAAUACCAGAUGUUGCAUUUCAAAAAAUAGAAGAUAGAAUGAAGGUGCUUAUCAGGGAUCUGAAGAACUUUGAGAAAUCUCUACAUCUUCUUUUUGCCUCAAAGUAUGUCCCCAAAUUGAUGCAAUACCCCAGUGAUGCCAUCUCAGAUUUUGGCAAGGUGACUCUCUCAAGACUGCAAAGUAUACAGGGUUCAGAGGAACCAGUCCUGUCUGAAUUGUGUGAUAUUUGCCAAAUGCAGAUAGACUUCACUGAUACAGGCACUUCAGUUUGUUCUAAUGGGCAUCCAUUUAAACGGUGUUGUUUGACGCUGAGCUCUUGUCAGAGCAUACGUUACAGAUUAUGUCGGACAUGUGAUGCUCCAUCUAUUAAUUUAGAUAAAGACCUUGAACAAGGGAUGGAAGAACUUUUACAUGAGAAAUGUAUUUUCUGCGAUGACAUCUUUGUAUGGAAAUGAUAUUUACAGAUGUUGGGCUAUCCAUGGUUACUCUGUUAUCAACCUGCAGCCUGGCUAACUAACUCAACACAUAUGUGGAGAUGUAGGGAGAGAGAUACUCCACACAAAUUGGUGAACAUAUGAAGUUAGUGAAAUAGCUCACAUUGAACCAGGUGUAUACAGUGUAUUGUCCAAAGGGAAAAUGUCGUACGUGGCUGUGAGGUAUUCCCCCUGGGAGACAGUGAGCUAUUUUCUGAUGCGGCACUUUGUGACUAUGUGUUGAUGUGGUUGUGUCAUUACUCCACAAAAUUAUGGAAUUGCCACUUUUGAAAUUGAUUAAAUAGCCCAGGUGCGCAGGCCCAAGAGGAGAGUAAAUUACCUGACUGAGAGGCAUUUCCUUCAGAGAAAUGAUGAGAUGAUGUGACUAUGUAUUGAUGUAGCCAGCUAUGUGUUGAUAUGACUAUUUCAUCAGGAGAUUUUAGAGAUGGGAAUAUCUCAUUCUGGAGAUAAUGGGACCAUUGAGUGUCAAUGCCUCACUCUGGACAGUAACAAUAAGAACUGUUAAAGCACAAUUCUGUAUGAUAGCUGAGGCACAGAAACUGUUCUCAUAAAAUCUCUUUAUGCUUUUAUGAAUGGGAUGAAAUAUGAAUCCACCAGGUUUUGUUUAAAAGGCAUGAAACCAUGAAAUUGCUUUAUAAAACUACAUGCAUCUGUUGUGAAAUUCAGCUGUAUCUAUGAAAAGCUUUUCUUCAUACUGGACCAGAUUCAUUCUCCUACAACUAAAUAUCAAGCAGAGCAAAUACAAAACUUUUUUAUAGUAAUGGAAGUAAAUCUUUGUUAAAAUAAUUUUUAUUGUUGUUUUCAAGUGUAUUCUAUACAUGAAUUCAUGACAUCUAUGACAAGGUAUGGACUCAAAAGCCUCAUGUGCUUCAGCUCUGCUAAAUAGCUUGGUGUGAUUCUCUCUGGUAGGAACAUUUAGAAAAUGUGUAAAAGCCAUCAAGGAAUUUUCAUGUUUUUGUAAAACAGACUGGUUCCUGUAUUUCAUGUAAAAUAGGCCUUGUUGUUUAUAGCAACACAGUAAACAGAAUUUCAAUCCUGUGAAUGUAGUUAGUAAUUGAACAUCCACCUUGUUCUUUACUAGUGCAGUAAAUCUUUGUGAAUUCAAUAAACUAUUUCCAAAGAGAAAGAGACAUAUCUUAUUGUAAUUCAACCUCAACAUUCAUUUUUAUUUCUCAAUUAGCAAUUUGAGCUUUGAUCUAUAUCUGGAGAUUGAUGUGCCUGGAUUGCAUUGAAUUUGAUACUAGCAAAUGAAAUGGAAUGGGAUGGAAUACAUGAAAUGGAAUGGGAUAUAAUGGGGAUGAAAUAGAACAUAAACAUCUAAAAAGAAACUUUCAAGAAGCAGACGUGGGAUUAAAAAACUAUUUGUCACUUCCUGCUGUUUAAGAAAUACAUACAUAUUUCAACUUCAUUACUUCAACAACUGUUCUCAGAGUUUCUCCAUGUAGCAACCUGUCAAAAUCAUUGUUGUAAUUUGAUAUAUGUAUAUAUCUAUGGAGUUUCUCAUCAAUAUAGAGCUGAGGCAGCAUUUGGAAAUGCAUGAUUUUAUAAAACUGGAAAACAUAAAACCCAAGAAUGUUGUAUGUGUAAGUCUUGCUUCAAGCCCUUGUAAAUUACCACAACUGGAGAUGAACUAGAUAAGAGGGGGUCUAUUUAAAUAUAUUUUAGCAUGAUUUACAGGGUUUGCUUUUUUCCUGAGUUAGUAAAUGCUGUGUAACCCACUAUGUUAAACCUGGAGCCUAAUUGCAAUAUUGGUAGAUAAUAUAAUAGUCAUGUAACUUGGAUAGCCUAGUAGACCACCUUAUAAGUUGUUGCAAGAGAAAAGUUGUGCAAAGCAUUCAAGUUUUGCAAAUCAUACAAUUUCAACAUACACGUUGUCAUGAAUUAUGCCCAUUUGCUAUGAUAUAUUUUCCUAUACAUGCUGAAAAAUAAUCUGGCUCAACAAGAUAAAAGUCCAUGUCAGUUGCACCCUGUCCGGACACCCUGUCUCCAAACACUGCAAUUUAGAUUUACUAGGUCAUGUGAUCCCAGAUUAAGGUAGACUGAGUAGAAUGAUCAAUCCAGUAGCUAACACCUUUCAAUACAUGUAGUUUCAUUUCGCUUCUGUAAAAGAGAACUUCAUCCGUCCUCAAUUCGUAUGUCCCAAUCAGUGCGUAGUAAUA